UCCCAGGGUGCACCGGGCGCGGUGGCUGUCUGGCCACGUCCCCGGGCCACGUCGCUCGGUGCCCGCUGAGCUUUCGCCAUCUUCGCUCCCCGGCUCCGGGCUGCGCCGCCGCCUCUGCCGCCGCCAUGAACAUCUUCCGCCUCACCGGGGACUUGUCCCACCUGGCGGCCAUCAUCAUCCUGCUGCUCAAGAUCUGGAAGAGCCGCUCCUGCGCUGGUAUUUCUGGGAAAAGCCAGCUUCUGUUUGCACUGGUCUUCACUACCCGUUAUCUGGACCUCUUCACUUCAUUCAUUUCAUUGUAUAACACAUCUAUGAAGCUUAUCUACAUUGCUUGCUCAUAUGCCACUGUAUAUCUGAUCUACAUGAAAUUUAAGGCCACUUAUGAUGGAAACCAUGAUACAUUCAGAGUGGAGUUUCUGGUGGUUCCUGUUGGUGGACUUUCAUUUCUUGUCAAUCAUGAUUUCUCUCCUCUGGAGAUCUUGUGGACCUUCUCCAUCUAUCUUGAAUCAGUUGCUAUUCUCCCUCAGCUUUUUAUGAUCAGCAAAACUGGGGAAGCAGAGACCAUCACUACUCACUAUCUUUUCUUCUUGGGUCUGUACCGUGCCUUGUACUUAGUCAACUGGAUUUGGCGCUACUAUUUUGAGGGAUUUUUCGACCUCAUAGCUGUUGUUGCUGGUGUGGUCCAGACCAUUCUUUACUGUGACUUCUUCUAUUUGUAUGUUACAAAAGUACUCAAGGGAAAGAAGCUCAGUUUGCCAGCGUAAGUGCCAAAAAUCCCAUCACCAGCAUCUGUCCUUUUGGAUGCUUGGACAGAACAAUCCUUAUCACAAGCAAAGGUGAAGAUGCUUGAGACAGAAAGUCGGAAACACAGUUCUUUAAUAGUGCAGGUAGUCAUCAGCGGCUCUGUAAGAACAGAGGAAAAACAACCAGCAGAUUUCUGUUUGAUGCAUCUUGCCUUUAUCUUUUUUAUUACUAUGUAUAAAGAUUUUUUACAUAAAGAAACUUAUACUGUAUUAAUAAAUUCAGUGUAUAGUUUCAAUUGGAA